AACCAGGCUGGAGCAGCUGCGAGUGCUACAUCUUGGCAGUCUGAAGCGAUUGGCUCCUCUCUGGGGAGCGGAGGGUGUUCGGUUAUUAAUGACCGCUGAGCAGGCAGCACCAUGUCAGUGUGACAACUGAUCUGGUGAACGAUGCACCACUAACCACCAUGGAAACAAGGAGAAAUAAAACCAGCUAGCAGGAUCUCUCUUCACUGGAUUGAGAGCCUCAGCCUGCUGCCGGAGAGAGUUGCAGACAAAAUAAGGAAUCCUGGCUGCAGGCUUCUGCCUUCCUUUAUAUUUUAGGGUAAAAAAAGAGAUACCAUUUCUUGCAUGUGUGCAUAUCUGUAGUAUAUAAUUGUGUGUACUUUAUUACACAUGCAUAUGCACCUAUUUAUACUGGGGCAAGAAGACAGCCAUGUGAUUAUCUCAACCAAGGGACUGAGCAAGGAGGGACACCGGAGGAGGGCUAUCCCUGCAUCUGCUAACGUAAGAAUAAUGCUUCAACUUCUGCAAGUACUGGAAAAGCAUGGGCUUUGAAUCUUAGAGUUAAAAGUAAAUGAAUUGCUCCACAUCCUAUGACCAUCUACACAUUCACCCUCUUCAAAGAGCCCAUCAAUGCUCUAUCACUGAAGAGACAGCAACCAUCUUUUCUCCACUAUGCAUGCAAUUUUUGGAAAAUACAUCUGUGGUACUCACAACUAUUUCCAUGAAGAAAACGCCUACAGUUCUAUGGCACACAUCCUUUGACAGAUGCAAACACUUCCCUCAUCAGUCAGCUCGUACUGAACUUAUUGGCAGGGACUGGAAUCCUUAAGGACCUGUUAAAAUUCUGAAGACAAAAGCUAAGAUGAAGGACAUGCCACUCCAUAUUCAUGUGCUACUUGGCCUAGCUAUCACUACACUAGUACAGGCUGUAGAUAAAAAAGUGGAUUGCCCACAAUUAUGUACAUGUGAAAUCAGGCCUUGGUUUACCCCCAGAUCCACCUAUAUGGAAGCAUCAACAGUGGACUGUAAUGACUUAGGGCUUUUCAACUUCCCAGCCAGGUUGCCUGCAGACACACAGAUUCUGCUCCUACAGACAAACAAUAUUGCAAGGAUUGAACAUUCCACAGACUUCCCAGUAAACCUGACUGGCCUGGACUUAUCUCAAAACAAUUUAUCUUCAGUCACCAAUAUUAAUGUGCAAAAGAUGUCACAGCUUCUUUCUGUGUACCUAGAGGAAAACAAGCUAACUGAGCUGCCUGAAAAGUGUCUGUAUGGACUGAGCAAUUUACAGGAACUCUAUAUUAAUCACAACCUCCUUUCUACUAUUUCGCCGGGCGCCUUUAUUGGCCUCCACAACCUUCUUCGACUUCAUCUCAAUUCCAAUAGGCUGCAGAUGAUCAGCAGUAAGUGGUUUGAUGCUCUUCCCAACCUAGAGAUUCUGAUGCUUGGGGACAACCCCAUCAUCAGCAUCAAAGACAUGAACUUCCACCCGCUUCUCAAGCUUCGUAGUCUGGUAAUAGCUGGCAUAAAUCUCACGGAAAUACCAGAUGAUGCCUUGGUUGGACUGGAAAACUUGGAAAGUAUCUCUUUUUAUGAUAAUAGGCUUACUAAGGUACCCCAGGUUGCUCUUCAAAAAGUUGUAAACCUCAAGUUUUUGGAUCUAAAUAAAAAUCCUAUUAACAGAAUACGAAGGGGUGAUUUUAGCAAUAUGCUACACUUGAAGGAGCUAGGGAUAAACAACAUGCCUGAACUCGUCUCCAUUGACAGUCUUGCUGUGGAUAACUUGCCAGAUUUAAGAAAAAUAGAAGCUACUAACAACCCCAGGUUGUCUUACAUUCACCCUAAUGCAUUUUUCAGACUCCCCAAGCUAGAAUCCCUCAUGCUCAACAGCAACGCCCUCAGUGCCCUCUACCGUGGAACCAUAGAGUCUUUGCCCAACCUCAAGGAAAUCAGCAUACACAGCAAUCCCAUCCGGUGUGACUGUGUAAUCCGCUGGAUUAACAUGAACAAAACCAACAUUCGGUUUAUGGAACCAGAUUCUCUAUUCUGCGUGGACCCACCUGAAUUCCAAGGCCAGAAUGUUCGGCAAGUGCAUUUCAGGGAUAUGAUGGAAAUUUGCCUCCCUCUUAUAGCUCCUGAGAGCUUUCCUUCCAAUUUGGAUGUAGAAGCUGACAGCUAUGUGUCCCUUCACUGCAGAGCUACUGCAGAACCCCAGCCUGAAAUCUACUGGAUCACACCUUCUGGUCAAAAACUACUGCCAAAUACUCUGCGAGAGAAGUUCUAUGUUCACUCUGAAGGGACCCUAGACAUAAGUGGCAUCACCCCAAAGGAAGGGGGGCUAUACACUUGCAUAGCAACUAACCUCGUUGGUGCUGACUUAAAGUCCAUUAUGAUCAAAGUGGGAGGUUCUGUUCCUCAGGAUAAUAAUGGGUCACUGGAUGUUAAAAUAAGAGAUAUUCAGGCCAACUCUGUUCUGGUGUCUUGGAAAGCGAGCUCUAAAAUUCUCAAAUCCAGUGUUAAGUGGACAGCUUUUGUCAAGACUGAAGACUCUCAUGCAGCCCAAAGUGCUCGGAUACCAUCUGAUGUCAAGGUAUAUAAUCUUACUCAUCUGAAACCAUCAACUGAGUACAAAAUUUGUAUUGAUAUUCCCACCAUCCAUCAGAAAAGCAGAAAACAAUGUGUGAAUGUCACCACAAAAAGUUUGGACCACGAUGGAAAAGAAUAUGAAAAGAGGCACACAGUACUUAUGGUCUGCCUUGGAGGCUUUCUGGGGAUCCUUGGUGUGAUGUGUCUUUUUAGCUGCAUCUCACAAGAAGUGAACCGAGAGGGUGAACACAGCUAUGCUGUGAAUCACUUUUCCAAGCCAGCCCUGGCAUUCAGUGAGCUUUACCCUCCUCUAGUCAACCUCUGGGAAUCCGACAAAGGAAAAGGUGUGUCGGUGGAAGUAAAAGCAACUGCUUUAGGCGUGCCGACAAAUAUGUGCUAAAAUAGGCAACCAAACCUACUUCAAAGAAAAGCUCAAGGCUGCAGUAGUGCUGACAAAACAACAACCAGGCGGAGGAAUGUCCCUUUGGGAAAGAAGAUUCAGCUGCACUGACGCCGCUCCAGACCAAUGGAAACGCGAGACACUUCAGCCAUUUAAUUGGCUGCCUUCAAAGGGUACUGUGGCAACCAAAUAAAACAACUCCAUUUUCUAGAACUUUCAUGUAACUUUUAUGUCAGGACUACAGUUAACGUGAACGAAAACAUUUCUGUAUUUUUUUUAAGUAUAGAAGAGUAGUCAAACGAGAGCUAUCUCCCUGAGUUGUAUUACACACAUUAGCCACGAGUUUUUGCAGUGACCAGAUACACUUGAGUUGACACGUGGUGUGAUGGAAAGGACACACUCUGUAGAGUAGACACCGUGAGUAUGUGGACCUCUUUUAUAUGGAAAAUACAUUUUGGAUUAAAAUCAAUUGCUUUUGUCUUGUUUUUGUUUCUAAAUAAAGAAUAAUUUCUGGGAAAUAUCAUCUGAUUAGAAGUCAUUUAGAUACCAGUGGGGUU